AUGAGGACGUCCGUUCUGGUUGCCGUUUCGGCCGGCACUGUCUUGACUGGUCUGCUCGCUUAUGCUGCAUACUUCGACCACAAGCGCCAAACUGACCCCGAAUUCCGCAAAUCCCUGAAGCGUAACAACCGCCGCGUGGCCAAGGCUGUCAAAGAAGAGGCUGAGGCCCAUGGUGCCCAGCAGCGCGAGGAAAUCAAGAAGGCCGUGCAGCGUGCCAAGGAGGAGGGCUUCCCCGUUGACCUCGAGGAGAAGGAGUCCUACUUCAUGACCCAAGUUGCCAAGGGUGAAGGACUCUGCGCCGAAGGCUCCGAGCAAAUCGAGGCGGCCAUUGCCUUCUACAAGGCCCUGAAGGUCUACCCCCAGCCCAAGGACCUGAUUUCGAUCUACGACAAGACCGUCCCCAAGGAGGUUCUCGAAAUCUUGGCCGAGAUGGUGGCCAUGGACCCUACCCUCAAGCUGGGCUCAUUCACCGGCGAGAGCGCUGGCGCUAGCGCUGACAACGUCGAGUAA